AUGGGGACGAAGCUCCUGGCAGUCGCCGUCAUGCUGUUCCAAGUGGCCUCCUGCUCCGAGUCCUCGGCAGUGCUGGAGCCCCUGUUCCGACACAUCGACCAGCGACAGAAUGAUUUUGUUCAGCGGCUGAGAGAAUGGGUGGCGAUACCGAGCGACUCCAGCCAACCGUCUCUGUGGGGGGAGGUGGAGAGGAUGCUUCACGUGGCAGCAGACAAGAUCACCGCCAUGGGGGGGACAGUGGAGUUUGCAGAUGUGGGCUCUCAUGAGCUGCCCAGUGGGGCGUCCCUGCGGAGACCUCCGGUGAUCCUGGCCCAGUUCGAGAAAGAGCCCAAGAAAGCCACCCUCUGCUUCUAUGGCCACGUGGACGUCCAACCUGCCAACAAGGAGGACGGCUGGGCCACCGAGCCCUUCAACCUGACGGAGAUCGACGGUAACCUGUAUGGCAGGGGGGCUUCGGACAACAAGGGUCCGGUGCUGGCCUGGCUCCACGCCAUCGAGACGUACCUGGCCACCAAGCAGGAGGUGCCCGUGAACAUCAAGCUGGUCUUGGAAGGUCUGGAGGAGUCUGGCUCCGAUGGUCUGGAGGAGCUGAUCCAGCAGCGCAAUGACACCUUCUUCUCCGACGUGGACUACAUUGUCAUCUCUGACAACGUGUGGCUGAGCAGGAGACCUGCUCUCACCUACGGCACCCGGGGCAGCACCUACUUUUUUGUGGAGGUUGAGGGACCCAAAAUUGACCUGCACUCCGGGGUCUUCGGAGGAUGUGUCCAGGAGCCCGUCGGUGACCUGAUCGCUCUGCUUGGCAGUCUACUGGACCAUAGGGGGAAGAUCCUCGUACCUGGGAUCUACGAGUCCGUGGCCCCAGUGACCGAGGAAGAGAGCAAGUCGUACCAAGACCUCCACUUUGACCUGGAGGAGAUGAAGCAGGAAAUAGGGGUGGAAUGCUUUUUGCAGGACACCAAGGAGGCGAUGCUCAUGGCACGAUGGCGCUACCCAUCGCUGUCCAUACACGGGAUCGAGGGGGCGUUCUCCCAGCCGGGCUCCAAGACGGUCAUUCCCAGGCGAGUGGUCGGGAAGUUCUCCAUACGCCAGGUGCCCAACAUGGAGCCCGCGGUGGUGGAGAAGCAGGUUACGGAGCACCUGCACCGAGUCUUCACCCGGCGAAGGAGCCCGAACAAGCUGAAGGUGAGCGCGACAGUGGGGGCCAAGGCGUGGGUGGCGGACCUGAAGGACCCCCAGUACAUCGCUGGCCGGAGAGCGGUUAAAGCAGUGUUUGGGGGGGAACCUGAACUCAUCCGAGAGGGAUCCACCAUUCCCGUUGCCCACAAUUUCCAAGAGCUGACUGGAAAAAGUGUGAUGAUGCUUCCGAUUGGCGGUCAUGAUGAUGCAGAACACUCUGAGAAAGAGAAGAUCAGCAGAUAUAACUUCAUCGAAGGGACGAAGCUCUUUGCGGCCUACUUCUACGAGCUCUCCCAGCUCCAGCAAAGCCCUCAAAAAAUGUGACCCACCGUAUGAGUACCAACUCAUUU